AUGCCGCCCAGAAGCCCCGAGGAGGAGUGGAACCGCACGGCGCCCGCGCUCCCCGGCCCCGCGCCCCCCGAGGGCCGCGGCGACGGCCGCUGCCAGCGCUACCUCCUGGAGGCGGCCAACGCCAGCGCCGCCCCCGGCGCGCUCAGCUGCGCCGACCCGCUCGCCGCCUUCCCCAACCGCUCCGCGCCGCUCGUGCAGUGCCGGGAUGGCUGGCGGUACGUCCAGGCCCACUCCACCAUCGUCAGCGAGUUUGACCUCGUGUGUGUCAAUGCUUGGAUGCUGGAUCUCACACAAGCCAUCCUGAACCUGGGCUUCCUGGCCGGGGCGUUCACCUUGGGCUAUGCAGCGGACAGGUAUGGCCGAAUAGUCAUUUACUUGCUAUCGUGUUUUGGUGUUGGUGUCACCGGCGUCGUGGUGGCGUUUGCCCCCAAUUUCCCCGUGUUUGUGAUCUUCCGCUUCCUACAAGGCGUGUUUGGAAAGGGGACAUGGAUGACCUGCUAUGUGAUCGUGACUGAAAUAGUAGGUUCAAAGCAAAGAAGGAUUGUGGGAAUAGUGAUUCAAAUGUUCUUCACCCUUGGAAUCAUAAUUCUUCCUGGAAUUGCCUACUUUAUCCCCAGUUGGCAAGGGAUCCAGCUAGCCAUCACACUACCGAACUUUCUCUUCCUCCUUUAUUACUGGGUUGUUCCUGAAUCUCCACGCUGGCUGAUUACUCGGAAGAAAGGAGAUAAAGCCUUAAAAAUUCUGAGGAGCAUUGCCAAAUGCAAUGGGAAAUACCUCUCACCAAAUUACUCAGAGAUCACUGUUACGGAUGAGGAAGUUAGUAAUCCAUCCUUUGUAGAUCUGGUGAGAACUCCCCAAAUGAGGAAGUGCACACUUAUACUUAUGUUCGCUUGGUUCACAAGCGCUGUGGUUUAUCAAGGACUCGUCAUGCGCCUGGGAAUUAUAGGAGGCAACCUCUAUAUCGACUUUUUCAUCUCGGGAGUUGUGGAGCUGCCAGGAGCCCUCUUGAUCUUACUAACCAUUGAGCGUUUUGGUCGGCGCCUACCCUUUGCAGCAAGCAAUGUCGUGGCAGGGGUGGCGUGCCUUGUCACUGCGUUCUUACCAGAAGGAAUACCCUGGUUGAGGACCACUGUUGCUACCCUGGGAAGACUAGGCAUAACCAUGGCCUUUGAAAUUGUCUAUUUGGUAAAUUCAGAAUUGUACCCAACAACAUUACGAAACUUUGGAGUUUCACUGUGUUCCGGUUUAUGUGAUUUUGGGGGGAUUAUAGCCCCAUUUCUGCUCUUCCGGCUAGCAGCCAUUUGGCUGGAACUACCUCUUAUCAUCUUUGGUACCCUGGCAUCCGUCUGCGGUGCUCUUGUGAUGCUCCUGCCUGAAACCAAGGGCAUCGCCUUGCCAGAAACAGUGGAUGACGUAGAAAAGCUUAGCAGUCCACAUUCCUGUAAGUGUGGCAAGAAAAAGAAACCCCAGGUUUCAAGCUCUCACCUUUGAGGCUGCUGCCAAAGACGCAAGGAAGGAGCUAUUCAGGCCAGUCCCCACCAAGGAACCGACGUGCCUUGCAGAGACGUUGUGUGUGUCCAUUUCAGCGCUGCAGCUUCAAGUGUUUUCAAUACUUUACAAAGACAGUCAAACUAUCCAGAGUAUUUUUAUAUAAUGUUGGAUGAAUCAGGACAUACCAUGCUGUCAAAGCUUCUGGGAACAUGUAACAUGUGGCUGGGAUAUAGCCAAGAGCCCGUUGCGUGCACAGCUUCUCCUGGAGUCUUUUUCUCACUUUGAGGCAGAGUCACUGACCCACUGAGUUACGGCGAGACAAGAGGAGCCCCACCCGGUUCUCAUGAUGGCUCCAUCCAGAAGGCAGGAUGUGCAAACCACAGAACUGGGGAAAGUGUACAGAAAUGGGCUCAUCAAAUCUGAUGCAGAAACUGAGGCUCUGAACUGCGUUCUGAAGAUUCCAGGGUGGAUGAAGAUUUGGGAAGCCUGUUAAAGAAGAAGCUGAAUCAAGGACCUCAGGUCAUAUGACGCUGAGCCUUUACUUCCUCUCUUAGCACCUGGAGCUCCAUAAGCUCCUGGAGCAUCUGGGUUUGCAGGCACAUUCAGAUCUCAUUCCAGAAGUAAGAACAAAUCUGUGCAAGUUGAGGAUUUGGCUGUAUUGUUCAUAAAAUCAGAUUUGGUCCCAAGAGAUGAGUCAAGAUAAUCUUGGCUCUCCUUUAGUAGACACUGAGAGUCACCUAUUCAGUUUUUUACUGAUGAAACCCAUGGAUUGUGAUUUCAUGGGUCUUAUGAUUUUAAUCAUAAAGGAAUACUUGUCUUAUAAAUGAGUUCAGUUUUAUGAUGGUGCCCACAGUCAAGAGUGAAAACUACGGGCAGAUCUCAUUCAUCUUGACAAUUUUAACCUGUCUUGGGGAGAAGCUUACAUUUUAGUGUAAAAGAAAGAUCAGUUCUAGCCAUGUUUAGAAGAAUUAGCAGAAGUCUUACAGAUGACUUUAGAAGUACUAAAAAGCAAUUUGAUCUUUUUUUUUUUGUUUCUGAGACUUUCAAUAUGUGGAGUUUAAACACAAAAAAAUGCUGUCUUUAUGAUGUUCUGCUUUACGUGUUAUAUUUGUUAUAUUUUCAGAUUCAGUAUGUAUCUCAUGCAAAAUUGUUUAAUGAGUUAUUUUGGGUGGACCGGUAAAAUUGGAGCCAAAGGGUAAUUUUGCCAGUUUGGAAGAAAAUUUUCUAUAUGAACUUGUGACAACGUGUAUGGUGUAUGCGCUAAUUGUAAAAUAAGUUUUUAAGCCUUAAAGCACAUCAGAAUUGAAUGUGAGUGUUCAGUUUUUCAGUAAAAUAAACACCAUUCUCUAAGAACAUGAUGCUACCUACAUUCACCCUUCGUUCACACACACUGGUGUUUUCACUUCCUUUGUAUCUCUUUGCUACGAGAUGACUGUUGUUCCUUGUAUUAUCACCUUGGAAUUGUACUUUGAGUUGACAUUUGAAUUCUGAUAACAAUAAAAAAUAUACAUAAAUUGUCAAGAAAAA